CGCGAAUUUUAAAACCUCGUAGGAACAGGCUGCAACGGACGCUGUUGUGGUCCGGAGGAUCCAAAGCAGUAAAAACGGUGUAAAUUUAGACAGUAACGAGGUCACAGGCUUUUAAGUCACGUAUUUAGACAGUGGGUGAAGUUUAUUUUGGGUUUAAGGAGUUACAAAACGUUUUCAUCCCGAACUGAGAUGGACACCGCUGCGCUUCUUCAGCAAUUUGAAGAAGCAAUGUCCUCCUACAGUGGAGACGACCCGCUGGAUCCGUGGGAGAAGUUUGUGGACUUCCUGGAGCAAAGGCAGCCGGCUGCAGGAGGCAUGGCGCUGGUCUUUGACGCCCUGGUCCAGCGGUUUCUUGGCGAGGAGCGGUAUGCUGACGACGUGCGCUACAUCACCUACUGCAUCAGAUGUGCGGCGUACUACUCGGACCCGGUGGAGCUCUACGCUCAGGUGUUCAGUAAAGGCGUCGGCACCAGGACGGCUGCGCUGUAUGUGGCCUGGGCCCAGCAGCUGGAGCGGGCCGGGGGGAACCAAGCGGCUGAUGCUGUCUACCAGAAAGCUCUGGAGAACCGGGCCCAGCCUGCAGACGUAGUUCUCCAUGAAUACAAGCAGUUCCAGAGCAGAACCAGAACCCAGCCUCCCCUGUCCGGUAAGCCAGCUGCUGCUUCCUUAACUGAACCGGUCACGAUCAGGCUGAUGGACCUCUGUUCUGCAGGAGCUCGGGUUCCUCUGCAGAACUCCCAGAUGACCAAUCAGACGUCUCCUCUCCCGCCGGGCCAGAACCAGGCGUCAGCUGACUGUCCGUCCAAACCACCGGCGAACAGAACCGUCAUCACCGUGUCUCGCUCCGAGACGUCAGGGACCCUCCCCUCCGGACCCAGCGCCUCGGCGCCGGCCGUGUCUCAGUACAACACGGCCCAGUUGGCCUGUGAAGGGUCCGAGUUCUGCUUCGAGGAGGCCCGAGCCAAAAACUACUGGCGUAAGAUCCGUGAGGAGCAGGAGGAGCAGCAGAGGAGGAGCAUGGCCCAGAAGCUGAGCGAGCAGGAGGACGAGAUCCAGAGGCUGAAGGACCGGCUGCAGCGGGUCACCCAGGAGCUGGAGGCUUGUCGAGGUUCUUCCUCCCAGCAGCCCCCUGCUGCUGCGACCGGCUCCAAGCCGUUCCAGCCCGCCUCUUCACGCCCCCGACUCUCACACAGCCGGCGCUCCCUCGGCCUGCGGCUGCACGCCGAGCUCAGCCUGAUCCAGGAGGCGGCGCCGCUCAGAGCCCAGAGGCGUCCACGCCCGGUCCGGUCCGACUGGAGCGCCGGAGCGACCGCAGCCGACCCGGGACCCGCGCACCAGACGAACCUUUGGGUCCAGCUCGCUUCAGACCCGCUGCAGACCAGCGAGCUCGGCACCGCAGAUCCGGACGGCAGUCCGGUACCAGAACCAGAGGAGAAACUGGAUGCAUCUCAGAGCGGGACGGCCAACCUGUCCCACGCCACUCCCAACACCUCCCUGGGCCUGGUCCAGGCCACGCCCUCCAGGGUUCUGCCGUCUCCCACCGUCAACACGCUGGAGGCCAUGGGUGUGAUCAUGGACAUGUUCCAGGCUCCUACCUUCCUAGAUGAGCCUUCAGAGGGAGCCUCGCAGCUCCACCUCUCUGCUGAGAAGGACCUGGACAUGGAGACAAGUGUUGUCCCGUUACCAAAGCCCACCGCCCCGUUUACCAUCUUCCAGGAUGAGGAGGACAAAGAAAACGGCCGUGCUGCAAAGUCUGAAAGCUCCAAACCCGUUAAAGCCGUGGGAGGAACCAGGGCGGACAAACCCAAUGAGACUCCUGCCUACCUGAUGCCUGACGAGAGCACCACAUGGGGCGCUCGCUACAACUUCAUGAACUCGCUGGACGCCUGUCCCAACAGCACCAGCGACUUCGCCAUGCUGCCCUCGCUCGUCUCCACGCCCUUCACCCACAAAGCCGCCACCGCCGCCGCUGGCUCCUUCCAGGCUGAAGAGCAUCUCUGUAAAAGCGGCGACGCUGAGAACCUUUUGAUCAGACGUCAGACUAAGAAACUCAGCCCCAUCCUGGAGCAGAGUCCCUCUGACGACGGCGCCGCUCAGGCGGCCGCCCGGCAGCUGCUGCCCUCCUCAGCGGCUCAGGGCACCAUCAUGGCCGACGGCUCCUCCUCCACCUCCUCCCUCAGCGUGGUGCAGCCGCCUCCUCCUGCCGUGCUCUCCUUCAGGGAACACACGCUCUGCCCCGCCGAGGAGCCCGGCUGGGACGAGUACGCCGAGCGGCCGCCCCGCCGGAGCUCGGCCGCGCCCACAGGCGAGCCCUUUCAGAUCCUGGAGGAUCCAGAGACGCCAGCGGAGCCGGAACCGGUCCAGAACCCGGUGUGGGACGUUCCCAUGAGCCCAGAGUGCGUUCCCAAAGUGAGCUGGCUGGACAUCAGCAGCCCCGUUCCCACAGCGGAGCAGGACCUGGACGCCUUCCUCAGCCCCCGCCGGCCCAGCAGCGCCGCCGCCAUCAGGACCCAGGACGUUCCCAUGAGCCCGGAGCCGCCGCGGGUCUGUGCCGACGUGCCCAUGAGCCCGGAGAGGAUCAGCGUCCUGGAUGAACCCAUGACGAGUCCAGACAGAGGGCUGAGAGCUGAGCUGGUGCCGGAUCCCUGGGACGGCGAGCUGAUCGGCGCUCUGCUGUCCAGGCUCAGCCCGCCGCUGACGUCUCACCCCUGCUGCGUCACCUGGCCCUUCGCCGUCCCCGCCAUCGGCCCCAAGAGGACCCUGAGCAUGGGGAACUCGUCCCUCAGGGUGGACUGCGUCCUGGGAGAGGGAGCCUUCGCCACGGUCUACCAGGCAACCAACCCCAAGACCUCCGAGAAGAUGGUUCUGAAGGUGCAGAAACCGGCCAAUCCCUGGGAGUUCUACAUCAACACCUGCCUGGACGCCCGGCUGCAGCCCUCCGUCCGUCACCUGUUCAGCAGCAUCCGCUCGGCUCACCUGUUCCCUGACGCCAGCGUGAUGCUAGCUGAGCUUCAUAACUACGGCACCCUGCUGAACGCCGUGAACGUCUACAGAACGCUGAGCGAGAAGGUGAUGCCGCAGCCGCUGGUGCUCUACUUCGCCGUCUGCAUCCUGCGCUCGGUGGAGCUGCUGCACGCCGCGCGCCUCAUCCACGCCGACAUCAAGCCCGACAACCUGAUGCUGGGCCAGAGGUUCCUGGACGACCGGACUCUGGACCCGGACAGCCUGGACCACGGCCUCGUCCUCAUCGACCUCGGCCAGAGCAUCGACAUGCGGCUUUUCCCAGAAGGCACUGCGUUCACCGCCAGGUGUCGCACGUCGGGCUUCCAGUGCACCGAGAUGCUGAGCGGGAAGCCGUGGACCUACCAGACGGAUUACUUUGGGAUAGCCGGAACCGUGUUCUGCAUGCUGUUUGGUACCUACAUGCAGGUCCAGAACCAGGACGGCGUGUGGAAGACUAACGGCGUCUUUAGAAGGAACCCGCACAGCGACGUCUGGCUGGAGUUCUUCCACACGCUGCUGAACGUACCGGACUGCCGGUCCCUGCCGAGCCUCCAGAACCUGCGGUGCCGGCUGACGGCGGUUCUGCAGCAGAACUACAGCAGCAAGCUGCUGACGCUGAAGAACCGGCUGGUGGUGAAGCUGCUGGAGAACCACAGGGCGGCUCGCCGAUGACCCGAACCCCAAACUGGUUCUAUGUAACCCAAACGGGUCGGGAACCCAUUAGAACUCAUCUGUAAAUAUCUUAUUUUUGUUUUCCUGCUUUUGUAAAAUUAAUCUUCUGUGCAAAAUAUUAAAGUCUUGAACUUUUUUAGGUU